UGACAAGUACUUCGUGCGAGUACAGGCCGGCAACAUGAAGGGACUGAGCAAGCCCCAGUCCACCAAUCCCCCGUUCGCCGAGCCUUCCAGCUGGAGAGAUGUUGACCAUCGGCCGUCUAGACUUGCCGAAAAGCUGGACACCCUAGAUGACUUGCUGUCGCAGCUGCAUACUUACCGAGAGACGCACCACACCGAGAGGCAAUUCAAAGAGUCGAGCAUAUCGCCGAGUAGCAGACGGAAGACGAACAUGCGCAAGAGUCUCAAAAACAUCUUCUCCAACACGACAAAGUUCCAGAAGCAUCUGCGCAGGGGUAUUACGCUUGCCGCUGCGUGCUGUAUUGUGAGGACCAGUGUGUGGCGUGUCGAACACGUGAAAAGAGCUCCUGCCCAUAAGUGGAGGUGGACGAUGGUAUCCACGCUCCAUGCACAAUGACUUCCACUGGAAUGAUGAAGGUUGCCUGUACGUGGGAAGACGUGAAACAGCUCAGGCAAGACAUGGACAAGGGCUCGCACUCAACCGCCCUCCACUGUAGAAGCAAGUUGCUGCAGGCAGCCAUGCACCUACAGACUGCCGUCGGCCUGCAGGACCUUGGCCAGCUCUACUACCAGCCGAUUAAGGACAACAGCGGCACGGUUGUCCUGGUAACCGUCAACAGUGUGUCGGACAUGAAAAACAUCAACUCGUCUAACGUAAAGUGGAUGUCCGUGCACAAGCUGCUGCGGCGACUGCAGCCCAACACCGACCAGAGCUCGGCCCACGACAUUCUCUUCAUGUCGCUGCCAGAGAAGGUCAACUAUCACCGGGCGUGUCAUCAGGUGUUGGAUCGGGGUCUGUACCUGGGCUAUCUGAAGCUACGGAGCUCGGUGGACCUGCUGCGCGUGCUCGUGCGCGAAAACACACCCAACGUGCUGCCGCACGUCAAGAUUCGAACCAAUCCACACGUGUCUAGAGUGGAGUGGGAGUGGCUGCAAAAUCUCGAUGCCAAUCAGGUGAAAGGUCCACCGACUGCAGUGCAGCAAAGAUUCCAAGAGCUCAUCAAAGAUGCGACCGUUCAGCUGCUUGAAGAGCUGGGGGUUACUGAAGACCAAGCAGUCAGCCACAGGUUGUACGACGUCGAGGUGGUGGAGUUGUCACAUGACGUCACCUUCCUCCUGCUGCUGCCACCGAUGGAGGAGGUGUGCUCCGUGCCAGGACAGAGCGACCACCUUGCUCACCGAGAGGGCUUCCUCUCUCUGCCCGUGCAGAUCUUCGAAAUGAUUCACAUGUGCACAUAUCAGAAGCCGUUUAUCUGUCGCUACUCGCGCCUGUCUUCGCUGCUGGAGAUGAACUCGCUGAUGGCACAACACGCGCACAGAGAGGCGUUCUCUCCGACCGAGCUGAGCACGGCGAAGGAUCGCGUGCGCGAGCUGCAGACCAUACAGAACUGCCUCGACGACGCGUGGAAGGGUCGACGUUGGAUCAUGGACGUGCUGACGUACGCGCGCGACAAGCAGGUGAAGGGCGGCGUACCGCUGGGCGUGCUCUACGCGCCGCCACCGUCGCCCAACGACAGUCCGAUGGUCGACCACCGACUCGUUUCGUCGUCGUCCGCCACCACUACCUCCGAGGAUCACGGUGUAAUCGCCACUGAGUUUGCUGACCUGGGCGAGGAGAAGACGCGCUUGCCAGGCAUCCUGCGCAUCUACGCCGCCUACGACACCGGUCUGGCACGAGGCACGAGCAUCAAGCUGCAUGUUACACCGCGGACCACCGCACGCGAGGUCAUCAAUCUCGUCGUGCAGCAACUCAACAAGACCGUGCUCAUGAAGGGACUGUCGGAACCCAUCUAUACGGAGGAGAAUCUCGGCGACUUCUGCCUGGUGGCCGUGAUCGGAUCGCGGGAGCGCUGCAUGCCCGACGACUACCAGCCGCUGCAGUUGCAGAACCCGUGGACGAAGGGCCGCCUGUUCGUGCGCCUGAAGACCAACCUUCUAGCAGCGAUAGAACACGGCAAUGCCACCGCCGUCUAGCGCACAAUCGAGAGCUUAUCGUAUCAUAUAUUAUAUUCGGGGAGGGGGGUCUAUGUCAGGCAUUUAACGCAGAGUCUAGAGGCAAACGUCACACUGUGUGCGUGUGUGUGUGUGCAUCCCGCGCUAUUACGUCAUGGUCCGUAGCUUGGGAGGACGGUACUGCCCCAAACUCCACGACAGAUGGCGCUCUUGCUCUGGCUCCUGAGUUGUACGAAGGGGGCGCGGCAUGCGGUUUGGUACUGCCCAUGUAGGCAGCUCACCACUCUCGCUAUGCUAUCUAGUGAUUUGCAUCUAGUGUCUAGUAUGCGAACAACAUCCGUGUGUUCGCAUAUGGGCGCAGCGUUUCCUGCGUCAUUGCUAAAACCCGGCAACUUCCCCCGCCAACUACAUGCCGUAGAUCGUGCGUUUUGGAUGAUCUAAAAUGUUCUACAUAACUGUCGCUGAUGCUGAAUUAGAGACAAACAUGUUUACAUCCGUAUGCAUGUCGCAUGGAAGGAGAGCGAGAGAGCGAGAGACCCCCCCUAUACCUUACACAUGUGACGAAAGCAGUCGAUUGAAUCUGUUAUGCGUAACGCUUAAUCGAGAAAGAUUAUUAUGUUGAUGUGAAAUCUGACGAUGCCCGAACAAAAACCAAAGUUAUUGUUUGAAUUGUAUAUUGUGAAUCGUUAGUUCUUUUUUGUCUGGAUAAAGUAGUGUUAUGUUACAGUAUUGCAUUUAUCACUGAACGGUAAUUUCUAUUUAUUUUGCCUUCAUUUUAAGAUCUGUAACAGUUCCAUCUAUGUUCUAUGUGCAUGAGGUUUAGUAGUUUGUCGUUUUUUAUCAGUAAUUUUAGUCGACAAAUUAGACAUAAAUGCAUCUUCUAUUAUGUGUUUACUCUUGUUUUCCCUCGACUGGCAACUAUCAAAUCAAAAUGUAAAAGAUAGUAAAAUUUAUCUUACAUAGGUGAAAACAAGUUCCAAGAUAGCAGCAGAUUCUCUUUAAUUGUUAAAACUAUUUUUUAUCUUAAAACCUCCAUAUUUACUCCGCGCAGGACUCGUUCACUCCGCAGAUCAUGUGAGAAAGAUCAUGCUUGGUUGGCUAGCUCAUGAAAACUUCAGGCGUAGAUGGCCAUUCCAUGCAUCUGCAGUCAUCGUCCGUCUAUUCCCGAAAAACAGUGAUAGUUCAUAGAAAUUGCAUAGUUCAGUUAAAAAAAUAUGCCAGUUUUCAUGUUUCAUCGAAUGAUGGUGCUUCUAGGAUUUGUUCACAUUUAUUUUAAGGGGGGGGGGGUGAGGGAGGGGCGGGAGUUGUAUGUGCCACUGAGGCUAGCACCCGCUCGACUGUUCUGAUGUAUAUAAUAUAAUCAUGUGAAAUAAGAACGAGGAUGAAUGCUAUCUUAGGUCAUUCCAAACGUUAGGUAAGAAACAAACAUGGCCUGCUAUUACCGUUGAUAAUCCCAAUUCGUAUUUAUUUUGUUUAUAAUGUGUCGAGCAAGUAGGUAUAGUAUUCUAAUUUACGACAUUCCAUUUUAUUCGAUUAGUAAUAAGCAGCUAUUUUAUUAGACACUCGUGCGUGGCGUUAUGUUAUGGCCCUAUCGUUAAUGAGCAUUCGGGUUUAAAAGAUGCUUAAGUCAAACGAGUUGCACAAGUUAAUAUAACCGUUGUAAAUACGUAGAAUAUUUAGAAUAGACGUAGAAUAGACAAACCCGUACUAGUAAUUAGCUAUUAGUAUAUACACAUACACAUACAUAUAUCUAUAUCUAUAUCUAUAUACAACAUUGCGUCUGCGUUUUAUAGCUGAUUGUCUUUCCGUGUGAUCACUCUAGAGAGACCGUCUCGAUAGAAGCAAUGUGCGGCCAUGUACGAUCUCCAGUCGGUUCUCAUCAGUAUUACAUUUCAUGCCAAAAAAGGUUCACUAUAACGUUUUUCCGUCGAGCCAAACAGACAGGGGACUUUACCACAUCCGUUCGGCCGUUCGUAACCCGGACGAAAACGCCGCCCGAUGACGUCAUCCUGCCCCUAAGUCGUCACGAGGUCGCGUCGCUGGGGGGGGGUGGUAGUUUUGUAAUACGUCACGGUGGCCGUUCUCGAUGUACCCAGCUCGCCCACACUACUCCACGGCUAUAUUACGGACGGUGGGUAUUAGACCUACUCAUGUGGCCCUUCGCCCUCUCCACCCAACGAGGGCCUGUUGAAGGGCUACACUGGUAGUGAUGUGUCUAUACAUCCGUGGCGCAGGGUCCAAGACGGUUGUGCUGAGAUAUCCUAUAAUAUACUCAUAUGGUACAUAAUAUAAUAUACUAAUAUAUAUAUAUAUAUAUAUAUAUAUAUAUAUAAUGUAGUAUUAUGGGAUAUCUCUUCGUCGGGGCUACGUACUGGGUGGCGGUUGCAGCCAUGCUAUGUGUCUGUCGGUGUUUCUGUGUGUCACGCUAGCUUAUGUGUGUAGACCGUCAUUCUAUCACUUCGUAGCAUAGCUCUACCUUAUUAGCAACAUGGGGGGAAUGUCGUGCCAUGAAGGGGGCUGGCUGGCUACGCGGGCACAGCUAUUACUAGCACUGUAUUGUCGCAGGUUCGGAGAGAGAAGUGCGUCUUGCGCCUCUAUUCGGCAGCUUUGUAUAUAUGUAUAACCAGCUCGUAGUAGCUGGCUAGAGCAUAAAUAUUUUACAUCUGCAGUGUACAGUUGUUAAUGUAUGAUGUACGUUUCCUGCAUAAUGACCUAAGCUUACGCCAGUACAAGAUGUAUGUAUGUAUGUAUGUAUGUAUUUAUGAAUGUAUGUAUAUACGUGUACAGGCAGGUAUGCGUAGGCUGGCUGUGCUGUCGGGGAAGGCAAGAUACGGGCGCGUUAGUGAAGCGUUAUUAGCUAGCAUAUAGUUAGCUAUAUUGUAGCUAGUUAGCUACAUUGUACACAUGUAUUAUGGUCUACGUUUACGUGUGUCAGUGGUUAAACUGACAAUAAAUCUGUUACUUAUUGUAGAAA